AUGAAAGGUUUGCAGAAUUAAUUAGGAAAAUCUACAGAAACAGGAUUUUUAGAUAACAAAAUAAAGAUCUAACAUAAAUCGUUUCAAGAAGGACAUUUAGAGAUUUUAGAGAAUCUCACAUCUUCUAUAGUCGGAAAAUCAAUCAUAGUUGAAGCAUAAAGAAUAGUUAAAGUCUUGGAUCAAUUAAUUUAAGACAUAGAAAAUUGUCUCUAUUUAGAUACUGAGUUUAUUACUCGUUUUUCAAUUAGUAAGUUUUAAAAGGAUGAAAAGUUGUAACUCACUGAAGAAACUAUUAAAAUAUUACAAAGAUAAGCAGAGCUUGAACAAAGAUUUAAGCAAUAUGCAAAUUUACAGACAGCAAUAGGUUAAGGAGAGGAGAUAGAAGAAUCAAAAAAAGUGGAAUCCGAUCAGUUGGAAUAAGUACUGUAUGAAAAUUUCAAGAUUUUGUUGAGAAGGAUAUAACAUAAUCCAAAGGAGCUCGAAAUAUUAAAAAGUAUGAAGAAGAAUGUGAAUAACGAACUAAAUGACUAUUUGCAUGGGGUAAAGUGCUUAAGGACCAUAAUGCUCAAAAAAUUGAGUAUUACAUAAGCAGAAAAGAGCAUUUAAAUUUAACAGCUUGAAAAAAUUAAGUCAAAUAUAGAGGAAUAAGAAAAGAAAAAACUAUAUUUAGAAUAAGAUUUAUAUAAAUUAAAACAGUAAAACUCAAGAAAUAUUGAAGAGAUGGAAGAAUAGACUGAGAAAUUAAAAUAAGGCUUAUGUAAUUUGAAAAUUGAAAAACAAUAAAACACUAAUAGCAUAAAGAAUUAGAUAAAAUCUCAAUUUUAGUACCUUGAAAAGAAUUAACAAACAAAAAUAAAUGAAUUAUAGACUUAACUCUAGGUUUUGAAAUCAAAAUUCAAUAAAUUAAAAGAUGAAAAUACUUAAGAGGAAAUCAAAUUAAAGAGAAUUAAGUAAAUUCAAGAAUAAGGUUUAACUGAUGGAGUAUAAAACUAUGAUUUGAUGAUGGAGGAAUCAUCAUAAAAAUUACAAGAAUUACAAUAAGAAUGUUCAAAAAUAGAGUAAUAAUUAAGAGAUCGAAAAUCAUAUUUUGUAAUAGUAGAUGCACAAAAAAGAUAGGAGUAAGAAUUAGAAGAAAAGUUUUAAAAGUUAAAAGAUUCUCAUUAAAUUGAAAAAGAGAAGAAAAUGGAAGCAGCAAAACAUAUUCAGGGUUUUUUUAAAUCCUAUUAAUCCUCAAUUAAAAAGCCAAAUAAACCAAAGCAGCAAUGA